AUGGCAUUCACAUUCGGAUUUUCCGAGAAUGAUUUGAACUCGGAAACAGCUGAGGCAACUAGCAAAAAACCGAGCGUCCCUUUCACCAAUCCGAUCGACAGUGCUAAGAUCACAGCGAAACCUAAGAUAGUCCAUUUAGAAGAACUACUACCAUCGCUAUUGGGAACAAGACUAUCUUAUGAUAGAAUAACAUUGGCGACAAAAAAAUCAGAAACAUUAUUUAGAAGAGAGUUGUUCGAUGUAAAGCAGCAGCUGAUGGCAGAAGAUGAUUUCAAGGAUAACAGCAAAGAUGAUCUAUUUAAUAUUCUUAUUGGAGACACCGAUGAGGAUUUGAAGAGGGGAGUUUAUGAGGGAGGGUUGAAAAGCUGGGAAUGUUCGUACGAUUUAAUAGACAAACUCGACAAACUGGACGUGAAUGACCAGAUAGUAUCGUUGUCUAAACCAUUCAACAUUGUUGAAUUGGGGUGUGGAACCUCAUUACCUUCUCUUUACGUAUUCAGUAAAGUGAUUCAGGACCGAAAGAAGCAAGGUACUGCCUCUAAUAAUACUGCUCCCAUAAGAUUUAUCCUAACAGACUACAACUAUGAAGUGCUUAGAUUGGUAACAUUACCUAAUAUUCUCAUCAACUGGUGUCUAUUUGCAUUGACGAAAGACCAACUAGCCGAACUUCAACUCAAAACGGACCAGGAUGGUAAUAUAAGAGAAGGAGAAAUCUACAUAACAGAUCUGUUGGCUCAAACGUUUGUCAAUUGGCUACAAUCGCAUCAUAUCGCUUUAUGCUUUAUUUCUGGUUCUUGGUGCAGACAGUUCAUCAAAGACGUACAUUCACUCCUUCCAAACAUGGAAAGUGACACGAAUUUGGUUGUCACCAGCGAGACCAUAUAUUCACCUCCAAUGCUUCCGGUUGUUGGUCAGAUGCUCUUAGAACUAACUGUCAGUCAAGAGUCACUCACAAUUCUUACUGCUAAAGAUAUCUACUUCGGGGUGGGCGGCUCUAUCAACCAACUACUAGAAUAUUUACAGGAGAACGGUUCUCCCUUUGUCUGGGAGGUUGAAAAAGUCGAUAGUCCGUUGAAGAGAAAUUCUAUUCUAGCCAAUGCCAAUGUCACUGCUAUUACCAACCUCUCUCCAUCCCUUUCAAAAACGAACAGCAGUGAUCUGAAUGGUAAGGCCAAUACCUUUGUAAACAUUGGAAAUUUAUCUCCCGAAACUGAGGCCAUGAUGGCUGUUGGAGACUACCAACGCCGUAAUGCGUAUUCUGAAGGACCAGUCUGUGUGUUGGAACCAAACUUAUUCCUCUAUUCCGAACCUUCUCCUGAACAAAUGAACGAAUUCGAUGUUAUAAUCAAUGUGGCCCAGGAAAUUAAAGAUUAUUCCUACCAAAUUACUCUGAUAAACACAAAAUCAUCCGGAAAGAAAAUCGAUUACCACUUCAUUCCAUGGACUCAUAGCUCAAGACUAGUAUCAGACUUUCCUAGAUUGACUCAGCUCAUCGACAAGUCCCUAGAGGCUAACAAAAAGGUUCUCAUUCAUUGUCAAUGUGGUAUUAGCCGUUCGGCUUCGUUGAUUCUGGCAUAUUUUAUGAAAAUCAACCGGGCCGACUACAACGAAGCUUACGUUCAAUUAAAGGAAAAGGCUCCAUUGAUAUCUCCUAAUCUCUCUCUAAUUUAUGAGUUGAUUGAGUGGGGCCAAUAUCUAAAGACUAAGAAUACUUGUUCAAAUAGCGAGGAGACUUUGGUGGAUCCAUGA